CGUUGGCUGGAGCUCCAAGAAAACCGGCGACGAGCAUCCAUAGCCGGCACUCUGAUGCGUCCAUCCUCACUGCUCUCAUCACUGGAACCGCUUUAACCUCAUCUUAAACUCACGCCUUCUAUUAAUUCACUAAAAACACACUCACGUUAGCCUCUUUUAGAACCAGGCGACUCUUGUAUGUUGCAAUUUCUCGAAAUAUCCGUGAAGGGCUCGGAGAUUAACCUUAGAGAUAAACUGCUGCAUUAUGGAGACGCAGAUACAUGUGCCCGUGGGGUCACCGGUUAUUAGAAAAAUCCCCAUUUUCGUGGACGAACACAACGUGACGGAGGGGGCUAUGAAGCUUAUCAAAGAACUGCGACCGGCGUGGGACACAAGCCAUGUCAAGACGAAGCUCUUUACUGAUGGGACCACUAACAAGCUGGUGGGAUGCUACGUUGACGACAGUCCGGAGGAUGUAGUCCUGGUCCGGGUAUACGGGAACAAGACAGAACUUAUUGUGGACAGAGACAACGAGCUCAAAAGCUUUCAGGUCCUGCAUGCGAAUGGGUGUGCGCCGCGCCUCUACUGCACCUUUCAGAACGGCAUCUGCUACGAGUUCAUGCAAGGAGACGCACUUGGGACACAGGACGUCAGGGAUCCCAUUUUAUUGAGACUCAUAGCCAGGGAGAUGGCUCGUAUCCACGCCAUCCACGCACACAACGGCUGCAUCCCCAAACCCAACCUCUGGAUAAAGAUGCGUAAAUACUUCUCCCUGGUGGCUACAGAGUUCACCGACCAAGCCUCCAACAUCAGAAUCCAGCAGGAGGUGCCCAGUAAGGCGGUGCUGGAGCAGGAGAUGGUGUGGAUGAAAGAGCAUCUGUCCACGCUGGGCUCCCCUGUGGUUCUCUGCCACAACGACCUGCUCUGCAAGAACAUCAUCCACAACAGCAAAGAGGGUCAUGUUCGCUUCAUUGACUACGAAUACUCCAGUUACAACUACCAGGCCUUCGACAUCGGCAACCACUUCAACGAGUUCGCAGGUAUGGCGGAGUUGGACUACGGACUGUACCCGAGUCGGGACAUGCAGAUGGAGUGGCUCAGGGAGUAUCUACAGGCCUACAAACUGUUCACCAAGAAAACGGAGGAGGUCAGCCUGCGGGAGCUGGAGACGCUCUUCGUGCAGGUCAACAAGUUUGCUCUGGCUUCUCACUUCUUCUGGGGCUUCUGGGCGCUCAUCCAGGCCAAAUACUCCACCAUCGACUUCGACUUCCUCGGGUACGCUGUUCUACGUUUCAAUCAGUACUUCGAGACCAAACCGGCAGUGAUGGCCCUGCAGAUCCCAGAAUGAGACGACACAGCGGACCAGUCCAGAGGGUGUAGCAGGUCUGGGUUUAUACCGGGACUUCCUGACGGUCUGUGAGCCGGACCGCCGCCCUGACCCUUUCCCCCCGGUGGACUCGCCAUAUUCUCUGCAACAAGCGCAAUUACUUCUCCAUUCCUCCAUUCCUGACUUAACUCCAUGUCUGUCACGAUAUUUACAAACCUUCCAUGAGUUCUGAGUGUGUGAGCGUACGAUGGUGAGUGUGUAUGAGUGUAGUGUUUUCAACGGAUCCGGACAGAGCCGAUACCCCCCCCCCACCCCACCGUCUUAGUACCGCUGAACCGUGUGUAGUCAGCGCAGCGUCGCGACUGAACGCCGGAGCUCAGCGGCUUCGUCGUCUGUCACGCAGGCACCGAAAUGUCCCACAGCGAUGAAGGUCAGUGAACCCAGCAGAUCGCUUCCUCCUGCUCUCUUUGCACUGUAUCUCUGGCUCCGAAACCAGGACCUCGACUGAUUCCAAAACCUCUUUCUUGCCUCCAUAUUUGGUGCUACACAUUAGUAGCUGCACUGCAUUUCCCAGAGAUCACCUGGGCAAGUAACACCUCGUUUUACAGUGUCACAGGUACUACAUUCAUAUAGAACUAAACUGCAACUUUUACGUGUUAUCAUAAAUGUUAAAGCUUUUACGGAUGGUGCAAUGAAAUGUAUGUUUUCAUUGAAGGAUCUGAUGCUCUUUGGACUUUCCUCAGUAAGUAGGAGGUGGUUGGGGUCCAGGAUUUUAGCACCAAAGACCCUGAACCAAGUAUUUUUACUUACUUCAAGGAAAUAAAACAUAUCUUGGGGGUCAGGAAAAGGCGGAAGUUAGGUUUCACUGUUAAUAAAUAUACUUUUUUGGGUGUUUUUUUGGACAUAUUUUAGGGGAUUUUUUCUUCAUUAGACCAUCGCCUCGUAUCUUCACCUGAACUAUUUAUGGUGGAUUUAAUCGUCACAAACAGCUGUUACUGUAAAUGGGGCUGUUCUUGUAAAA